AUGUACGGCUUGAAAGACAAUGUCCUCGCAUUUUCAGAGUGCAGUGCUUCAUAUAUCGAAGCAUCUACUGAGCAGGUCAUCCCGAUUAACACCCUUAAUCCGGGGAAACUGUUGCAAUUUGCCCCUGCUCUUAUUGUAAAGAGCGCUCUGACUCCAGUCAAGCCGCGUGGAACUGUUCUUUUGAUUGACCCAGAUCUCGGUUUACAGCACACCAUUGAGACUGAGGCUGCUGAAACAGAUAUUGCUGUGAUAGUGGCCUCUUCGGAGUACCAAAAUCCAAAUGUUAUUCACAUCUCACAAUUUCUGACCCAGGGUCAACUCGGAGCACUCUUUCCACCGUGUAUUGAUCAGGUUUUCGGCUGCUCUUCUCAAAAGAGUCUGUCAGUCAGAAAAUUCCUUGCCCAGUAUCGCACAGUCACAAUGGCGGAAUUCUUCUCUUUGCAGCCCGGUAUGAAGCAAAUGCCCUCUUCGGAAACAUGGCUUGCCACAAAAUUUGUCAAAGGCACGAAAUCCGACCCGCAGUGA